AUGACAAAACAUAGAAUAUUUCUUUCCAUAUUAUCUAUAUACUUUAUCACACUUACUUCACUUGCAUACGCAUUUCCUUGGCCAAAUCCUCAAGAGAUAGCAGACACAACUCCUACACCAACUUCAACUUCUACGGCAUCUACAAAUGUAACUGAAACACCUGUAACAACAUCAACAACAGCUCAACCAUCAGCUACAAUUAUAGCUAUAAUAGUUGGAAUC